GAACGUGGGAAAACGCGCGCGAAAGAUCACACGAGCACUUUUUUUUCCCUCCCGACGCCCGUGGCACGAGCCGAUCGAGUGAGUUCAGCGGAACCAUUGUAAUCUGUGAAGGCUUGCCGACGGACGACGGUACGAUAUCCACGUAGGGCACAAACCCCGCGACGCGGCUAAAGGCCGACCUCGUGAAAAGGCUUCAGGCCGCAAUAGAGGUGGAAAAUGCGGUGACUCCAGAACAAGAAGAAAGCAUGGACACCGAAGAAGACUCGCAGGACGCUCAGGCUUCCCUUUCUCCUGAGCAAGAUGCACCGGUUGAAAAUCCCGAUAAGGAGCUUCUGGAGCACCAGAAGGAGGCGUUGGGCAAGGAGCAGGUACGACUGCUCGAGGAAGAGAAGGAGCUCCUCGGGAAGGCGCAGCAGCAGCAAAUUAUGCUCGAAGCCGAGAAGCAGCAAAAGAUCCUUGAGCAAACCCGCAUUCUAGAGGAAGAGAGGCAGCACAGGCUUCAGCAGCAGCUGUUCCCCGUGACAGAGCAGGUUGUGGCCCACCAAGUGGUGACCACACCGGCCGUGCUUGUGACUCCGGCGGGCAGCCCGCUCGCCGUGGCCACAGCGAAGGCUGCGGCUGCCGCUGCCCCCGCUGCUCCCAUGGUGCUGGCUACUGCCGCAACGGCCAUUCCCCAGCAGGCCACAGUGCUGGCACCGGUGAGCCUAGUGGGAGCAGCGCCUGUCGCAGCUCAGGGCACUACCAUCCUGGCACCUGUUGUGGUGGCCCCAGUCACAUCUGUGGUUCCCCCAGUCACAUCUGUGGUUCCCCCACCGCCGCCGCCGCCGCCACCACCACCACCGCCACCUCCCCCGCCCCCUGCCUCGACCCCGGCUGGGGUUGCACCGAUGGGUGUCUUGCCACAGCCCCCACAGCCACCAGCCAGUCUGACUGGUGGUCCCACCGCUGUGCCCCCACCGCCACCACCUCCACCACCACCACCACCACCACCGCACCUCCCACCACCAAGUGUGCCCCCUCCGGGGCUACCACCACCUGGCAUACCACCUCCUCCUCGGGGUGCCCCUCCUAGAGGCCCACCACCAGGACUACCGCCGCCGGGAGUACCUCCGCCGGGAGUACCCCCGCCGGGUUUGCCGCCACCGGGAAUGCCCCCACCGGGAGUGCCCCCACCAGGGGUACCCCCGCCGGGCCUGCCACCCCCUGGAAUACUGCCACCUGCUCGUGCUCAAAGUGGCACUGGUGGGCAGCAGAGGACUGGACCUCCACCGCAGCCGCCACCACCGCCACCCGGAAUGGCCUCCGGGGAAAAGAUGGACACCACGGUACCAGUCACCGAGGUGCCUGUGGAAAUUCCGCAAGUCAUCGAGGAGAUCUUUGCAAACACAUCCGAACGAGCUCAAGAGCUGGCCCUGGCACCUCCUGAGCCUCCCGCUGAGAAACCAGCAUCCAAGAAAGCGCAGCCACCGAGCAAGCCGCGGCUGGUGGCCAUGGACGAAGGUGAUGAUGAGGACGAUGAAGAACAGGAAGGGACCAAGACGACGUCUGAGUCCAAGAACAAGAAGAGAAAAAAGAAGAAGAAGAAGCGUGCCCAGCGAAGGCAGCUGCAGCAACAGCAGCAAAAGCAGGACGAUGCUGACAAGAAAGCAGCUGGGGAGAAGGACGGGGAGAAGGGGGAGAAAGAGGACGUAGAUGUGGAGUACGUCCAGGAGACGAUAGACUCCAAGGACCCGUACUACUACCAGUUUCUGCUCAUCUUCGAAAAGUUCAAGCUCCAAGAGCCGGAGAAGCCCAAGACAGACACGGGCCCUGUGACCGACCCUGCAGCCAUUGCACAGAGGCUCUUGGAACGCAAAAAGCCAGCCGACUUGGAUGAGAAGGAUGAUGACGACUUGAAAAUGGAAGACAAGCCGAAGCUGUCGAAACGCAAGCUAAAGAAGUUGAGCAGAAUGACCAUCGCUGAGCUCAAACAGAAAGUCACCCGGCCAGAAUUGGUGGAGAUGCAUGACGUGACUGCCAAGGACCCAGUAUUGCUCCUCCACCUAAAGUCAUCGCGCAACACAGUGCCGGUGCCCCGCCACUGGUGCUUCAAGCGCAAGUACCUGCAGGGCAAGAGGGGCAUCGAGAAGCCGCCCUUUGACCUGCCCGGCUUCAUCAAGAAGACUGGCAUCAUGGAGAUGCGCCAGGCCCUUCAGGAAAAGGAAGACCAGAAGACGAUGAAGGCCAAGAUGCGUGAGAAAGUGCGUCCCAAGCUGGGCAAGAUCGACAUUGACUACCAGAAGCUGCACGACGCUUUCUUCAAGUGGCAGACCAAGCCUCGCAUGACCAUGCACGGGGAUCUGUACUACGAGGGAAAGGAGUUUGAGACGCGACUGAAGGAAAAGAAACCUGGUGACCUGACGGAUGACCUGAGGAUUGCUCUGGGAAUGCCCACUGGUCCGAACUGCCACCGGUGCCCUCCACCUUGGCUUAUUGCCAUGCAGCGGUAUGGACCACCACCUUCAUAUCCGAACCUCAAGAUACCGGGUCUCAACGCCCCGAUUCCAGAUGGUUGCUCCUUUGGGUACCAUGCUGGUGGCUGGGGCAAACCACCUGUGGACGAAAUGGGCAGACCACUCUAUGGUGAUGUAUUCGGCACACAGUCAUCAGACGCUACGAACAACAUGGUUGAUGAAGAGGUCGAUCGCACUCUCUGGGGUGAGCUCGAGAGUGAGUCUUCGGAGGAGGAAGAAGAUGAGGACGAAGACGAGGAAGAGGGUGUUGAAGACGAGACGGGUCUGGUCACUCCAGCCGAAGGCCUGGUGACACCUAGUGGCUUCAGCUCGAUACCCACCGGAGUUGAAACUCCAGACAUGAUUGAGCUACGAAAGCGCAAGAUUGAGUCCGAGAUGGAAGGUGGGGACACCCCAGCCUUGUACACCAUUCUGCCAGAGAAGAAGACCGAGAGGGUAGGCGCUGCCAUGAUGGGAUCGACGCACGUCUACGACAUGAGCGCCGCAAUGGUGAAGGGAGGUCCCAAGAUGCCGACGGUUGUGGCGGGCACGGCCAAGCAGUCGGGUGGCGUGGAAAUUGCCCUGGACCCGAGCGAGUUGGAGAUGGACUCUGCCGCCAUGGCUGCCCGUUACGAACAGACCCUGCGCGAGCAGCAGUCUCACCUGGCCAAGGAGGACCUCAGCGACAUGGUGGCCGAGCACGCAGCACGGCAGAAGAACAAGCGAAAAAAGCAGCAGCAGGACACUACGAAGACAGCGAAGAAGUACAAGGAGUUCAAGUUUUAAUGGCCCAUCACACUCUCCCAGCACACCCUCAUCUGUUGAAAAUAAAAACUGUCAUUUCCCACUG